AUGCCGCCCAUUUUCGACUUUCCUAGCAAAAAAGCCGAUUUUCCCCAAAUGACGAAUCAACCAACAGCGAAUGGAAAUCAAAAUCGUCGAAAAAGAUCAAAACCACCAAACUUGAGAUGUCUUUAUUGUCAGAAAUUGUUGCGUCGAAACGAUUUGACUCAUGUUCCAAUGAAUCCAGCGAUUCGAGAAAUAUGGAUAGAAAUUCUCGGUCAACAAUUUGCCGCAAAUUUGGAGAGGAAUACAAAUGGCAGCAUUUGUCGAUCACAUUUCAAAGGCGGAUUCAAAUUUCGAAAACAUAAUCAAUUUCCAGUUGCAAUGGGUGAAGAAGAAGAAAAUGAAGAUGAGGAAGAAGAAGAUGAUGAUAAUGAAAUUGAAGUACUUGGGAUAACUCAAAGAUAUAGCGAUUUAUUGCGACAUGUUCCGAAAAAAGAGAAAGAGGAUUAUCCAGUCGUGAUUUUUGUGAGUAUUUAUAGUAGAUCUUGACAAAAAAUUAAAAAUGUUCAGCAAAAAAACGUCAAACCUGAAAUCAAUGGUGAAUCGGAAGAUAUGGAUCUUGAGGUAAAUAUUCACUUUUUUGUGAUAUUUAAAAUAGUAUGGCCCUUUCCAAAAAUCCUAUUUUUCAGGAAGAUGAAAUUGUCGUUGUGGGUGAUUUAUUAUCACCAAAAGAUGAAGAUUUGGAUGUUUUUGAAGUUGUCGAAGUUAUGGUAAGUUUUUGCGUGCUAUUUUAUUCUCGAAAACUUUAAAAUUCUUGUUCUUCUAGGAUGACGACAGAGAAUUUUGUUGUCGUAUUUGUGAGCAAAAAACUCAUGUUUCGGCGAUGAAGAAGAUUCCAAACAAAACCGAUUCGUUUUUGAAGUGGUCGAGAGCAAUUGGUAAACAAUUUGCCGAAAAUGUUCAUCGAAAUCCUUCUCCCCAUUUUAUUUGUAAAGUUCAUUUGGGUGAUAUUGUUGACAAAAUGUGUCGAUUGAUUUGAAUAUUUUUCGAAAAUCAUCAAAUGUAUAAUAUUUAUAGAUGUAGUAUAAUUUUUAUUGAAUGUCUUUCUUGUAAAUAUAGUAUAUUUCUAAAUAAGGCUGAUUUCUCUUUUUUUUUAAUAUUUUUUAAAUCUAAACAAAACAAAGAUCCCAAUCCCAAACUUAAAGAUAAAGAAAGAACGGAAAAAAUAAGUUUUUUUCUGCCAGCAAAAAAAAUAAAAUUUUGGCGUGAACGUGAAAUUUGUCGUGGCAAAUGCAAUUUCAACAAAAAAUUUUCAGUUAUUUUUUCGGCGAGCAACAAAACGGCAGCAAAAAAGAUGAGUUUUUUUCCCUGGGUUGCCUGAAUUUCUAAUUUACUAAUCUCUGCGAACAAUUUUACGUGUCUCUCCUGGAGUGAAGUACAGCUCAACUUAGCCUAACUCUGGAUAGUAAAGCUUCUUAAGUUGAGCAUUAGCCAUUGCAAUUGUCAGGAACCUCGACAUGAGUUACCUUAAAUAUCUUUUUGGUUAUACUCUCGAUUUUGUCGACUUGAUUUGGUUGGAAAAACUGUGAAGGGAGAGAUCGAGGUUCGCUUUUCAAAGUUUUUUGAAAAGAAAACGUGGAAUUAUUCAAUGAGGAGGGAAAUUUAGGCUUUUAUAAGGGAAAAUAAGAUUUUUUCAUGAGAAACAUUAUAAUUUUUCAGAAAAAAACUCAAAAACUCGCCUUGCACAGAACAACAGAAAUCAAGGAAUUCGAUAUAUUUUCGGUGAGCUUUUUUUUCCACCAAACAAAAAGAAGUUCUGGAAUUUUGAUUGAAAAAUGAUGGAAUCCAAAUUUUCAAUUGGAAUUUCAGAUUGAGUAUGCUCAAAAUUUCUUUUUUUUACUAGAAACUAGGAAUAUUCUGAAAUUUUGUAAGCUAAAGAAAAAAUUCGAUUUUUUCAGAGCAAAAUUGGUGGUCGUUAUCGAAAACUACAAAAAUGCCGAGGAGUUCUAA